ACACUAAACUUUUAAAUAUUUAAACAUAAUAAGAAGGAUGACUCGUUGUCGAUCUAGUAAAACUAAACAGCCAAUCAAAUUUAAAUGAUAGAAAAGGAAAAAAAAAAAAAAAAGGAUGCCACGUUGGCGAUCCGUGUAGAACCUAAAGAAACCAAUCAAAUUUCUCAUCUCCUCUCUAUAUAAAACCAACCGAAAAAUUGUUCCGCCAAAGGAAUUCAAAUUCUUAAACAGAAACUCCUCUUCCUUUGAACCCAUCAAGAUGCCUUUAACAACAGCAGCCAAAUCCGUUGGUGGUCGAGGAAAACCCCAAAAAGCUUCAAAAUCCAUUUCCAGAUCACAAAAGGCAGGUCUCCAAUUCCCUGUUAGUCGAAUUGCUCGUUUUUUGAAGAAAGGUCAUUAUGCUCAGCGAGUUGGCUCUGGUUCACCCAUUUAUCUCUCUGCAGUUCUUGAGUAUCUUGCUGCUGAGUUAUUGGAACUUGCUAGGAAUGCCGCGAGAGAUAACAAGAAGUAUAUGAUUGUUUCGAGGCAUAUACAACUUGCUGUGAGGAAUGAUGAGGAAUUGAGCAAGUUGUUGAGAUCUGCGACUAUUGCUAAUGGUGGAGUUUUUCCUAAUAUUCUGUUAUUUUAUGGUGUUUUCGGAUACAAGAAUCUAUAUUUAGGCAUAACAAUUUCAACAUUAGUUCAAGUUUAAAACAAG